AUGAGCCACCUCCUCCUGCAACCCCUGGCCCCGGCGAAUAUCUACGAGCCCCCCUCCCUUCUCUACACUCUCCUAACCCAACCCCUCAAAACCCUCAUCCGCCUGCUCGACCUCCUCCUAACCGUCUUCCACACCUCCCCCUCAGUCCCCUCCACGCCCCUCCGCAUAGUUUGUAUCUCCGACACACACUGCCUCACCACCUCUCAAAUCCCGGAUGGCGACCUGCUCAUCCACGCCGGCGACCUCACAAAUAUAGGCCACCCGGCCGAACUGCAGGACCAAAUCGACUGGCUCGCUAGUCUGCCUCACGAAAACAAAAUCGCCAUUGCAGGGAACCACGACCGCUUUCUGGAUCCGCGGAGUCGCAAAACGCUCUCCUUUGACGACCAAGAUGAUGGCUUUGUGAAUUGGAAAAGCAUCUGGUACUUGCAGCAUAGCGCCGUCGAUCUAUCGUUCAAGAACGGCCGGAAACUACGCGUGUACGGCGCGCCGCAGACGCCUGCGGACGGACAGGACGAUCACGCUUUUCGGUAUGCGCGAGGCUCGGACGCGUGGUCGGGUACGGUGCCGAGCGAUGUAGAUGUGCUGGUUACGCAUGCGCCGCCCAAGUACCAUCUCGAUUUACCGGCUGCGUUGGGGUGCGAGCACUUACUUGCGGAGGUGUGGAGGGUACGGCCGCGGCUGCAUGUGUUCGGGCAUGUGCAUGCAGGUAAGACGGAUUAUGUGGGGCGGUUGAAGAGAGGAAGGGAGGUUGUCAGGUGGGAUGAGAGGCAGCGGUGUGUUGAGCAGGCGCGUGCGAGGUCGGAUGGUUUUGUCAGGGGGAUUGUGGAUCCUCGGGGUUGGCUGGAUAUCGUGAAGGUGCUGUGCUACGGCGGGGCGAAUGUGCUCUGGGAUCGUGUUUGGGGUGGCCGGAGCGCGGAGAGCACCACGAUGGUGCUUGCGAGUCUGAUGUACUGCAACAGUGGAGAGCUGCUAAAUCCGCCGCAAGUCGUCGAGAUGUAG